ACAUAGGUGACAUUACGUUUCAAAAUGUUUGAAAGGAUUCCUGAAUCAUUUAACCCCAAAGAACUAAUUAUAUAAUAACCACACAGUUUACUGUACAUCGAAUCAUCAUCAGCAAAAAAAUCUCAAGAAAAUGUGUAUCCUGUUUUUCUACCUAAGUGAGAUUUGCAGCAUUGAUGGCUACAAGCUUGUUCUUGUCAAUAACAGAGAUGAAACGUGGGAUCGGCCUACUAAAGCAACAAGCUUCUGGGAUCAUGACAGUAGCUGUAUAAGUGGCUUAGAUCAGAUGUCAGGCAGAAGUGGUGGAACUUGGCUUGGUAUGAGCAGAGAGGGAAAGAUUGGAGUCUUGUUAAAUAUUCUUGGCCAACAGGAUCACACUAAAGAAGGAAGAGGUUUUCUGGUCACAAACUUCAUCAGCGGCAAACAUGACAUCCAUGACUAUGCCCAGGAAAUUCUAGAACAAAAGAACAAGUACAAUGGAUUUAAUCUCAUUCUCUUUGAUAUGGGGAAACAAGAAGAUUACCUCCCUGUUAAACCUGUCUAUGUGAGCAAUGCAAGUAAUUAUUUUUCUUGUGUCAACAUGCGAACUCUUCCAUCCAACACCUCAUUUGCUGUUUCAAACUCACCUUUAGAAUACCCUUUCCAAAAAGUUAUGCAUGGGAGAGAAAGAUUUGGGCGUAUAAUUUCACAAUUUCCCACAGUCAACAUGAAGGGGCACCUCAUUCAAGAACUGUUUACUUUAAUGUCUGAUCAGUCAUCCCUGCUCCCUGACCCGGUGCUAGAGAAAGCAGCUGUAGUUGCUGGACUUCCACCACACAGAGUGAGUCACCAAUCUGCAAUCAAUGUCUACUCUCCAGAUGAUAGAUAUGGCACAACGAUUACAACAAUCAUACUGGUGGACAGCCAAGGGACAGUAGAUUUUAUUGAACACACUUUAAAUCCAGCCAAUCAGGGUGGCAACAACAUUUCUGAGGUGCAUGAAAUAUUUUCCUUGUCACAGAUUGGAUAAUAUUCAAAGGACUUUAGCUUUGUCUACCCAAAAAACUUUCAACAAGCUUCUCAGGUUGCAGCUAAAUAGAUGAAAGUCUGUGUCGUGAUAUAAGUUACCAACUUAAAAAAGUAAUAGUUUUUAUAGUUUUGGUUUAUUUUAUUGUCCUAAAAAGUUAGGUAAAGUACUUAAGCCUAAGCAGAAACACUCAGACCUCAAAUUUGUGAGAAUUUUUCCAUCCUUGCAACUUUUUAAAAUUUUAUACUCAAGAAAGAACCUUGUUCAAUCAUAAUUAUAA